AUGGACGAAAUCACUGCUCACAAGCGUGCUUCUCGCAACUAUGAUAGUGUCUCUAAUGAUGAAAAGGUAGUAGCUGGUUCUUUUACCGAAGAUGUUCAUCCUCCACUCAGAGAUGAUACUUCAUCUAUUCAUCGUCAACGUGAACGUGAUGAACGCAUCAGAAACAUGCCUGAACAUUUGCGUAUCCCUGUUGUUGAUAAUGUCGGCUACAGCCCUCGCAUCACCAACAUUGGUAACAGCAUUAGCUCUGCAUUCUCUGCUGCCCUUGCCCCUUUCAUCAAAGCCAUCCGCUUCUUGCAACGAAGAACCAAUCUGACCUUUUGGAUCAUUCUCAGUAUGGUCGUGGGCAUCAUCUUGGGUUACUUUUCUCCUGCAGCUGGUAAGGAAAUCAAGCCCCUUGGUGAUGCUUUUAUUAUGAUGAUCAAGAUCAUCAUUGUGCCUUUGGUGUUUAGUGUUCUUGUCAUCGGUAUUGCUGGACAUGGUGAUGAUAUUGGAAAAGUUGGUAAAUUGGCCAUAAAGACCCUUAUUUAUUUCGAAGUGGUUACAACCCUUGCUCUCGCUAUUGGCCUCAUCAUGGCAAACCUUGUCAAGCCAGGUAAUGGUGUCAUCUUACCUGUUGGUUCAGAUACAUCUGCUGUAAAGGAGCUAGCCGAUAAAGAAAGCACAUCCAUUACUUGGGCAAAUGAAAUGUUUUUGAUCAUUCCAGAAAGUUUCUUCAAGGCUGCUGUUGACAACAAAGUGCUUGCUAUUGUCUUUUGUGCCGUUAUGUUUGCCUGUUCCAUGAUGAAAGCUGACAAGGAAAGCAAGAAGGUCAUGUUGAAGAUUAAUGAAGCUCUUUCUCAGGUCAUGUUUAAAUUCGUUGGCUUGGUCAUGAACUAUGCUCCCAUUGGUAUUGGUGCUGCUUUGGCUGCCACCGUUGGUGCCAAUGGUAUUGGUGUUUUGGCUAAUCUCGGUAAACUCAUCGGUUGUGUCUACGCUUCUUUGGUCAUCUUUUUGAUUGUCGUCUUGCUGCCCAUCAUGUUCUUUGCAAAGAUUCCUAUUUUAGGAUUCUUUAAAGCUAUUGCACAACCUUGGUUGCUUGCUUUUAGUUCGGCUUCAAGCGAGUCUGCGCUUCCCUUGGCCUUUGAGAGAAUGCGUGAAUUUGGUUGUACAAACGCCCUUACUGGUUUCGUUAUUCCUUGUGGCUAUUCCUUUAAUCUUGAUGGUACUACGCUUUAUCUCUCCUUGGCUACCAUCUUCUCUGCUCAAGCCGCUGGCCUAAAUUUGCCUAUCAGUACACAAUUAUCUAUUAUGGGAACACUCAUGUUAUCCUCAAAAGGUGUAGCUGCUAUCCCUCGUGCUUCAUUGGUGGUCUUGUCAGGCACUUUAGCUCAAUAUGAUAUCCCCUUUGAAGCUGUUUUGAUGAUCAUGGGUGUUGAUGCUAUCAUGGACAUGGCAAGAACCUCCGUCAAUGUCUUUGGUAACUGUCUGGGCUGCUGCGUCAUGGCUCGGGUAGAAGGCUCUUUCCGUGGUGAAGAAUGGCGCGAAGAAGAAGAAGAACGUCGUUAUAAGAAAUGGCUCGAUGAGCAAGAGAAGGCUGGUUUACUUCACAAGAAGGAUGAGGAGGAUCAUCUUUCUGACGUUAUUGUCAUCAGAGAUGACAACAAAAAGGAAACAUUACACGAAGAAAAAGUCCUUUAA